AGGUUUCAGAUCAAAUAAAGAUUCUCCUCACGUCGAACCUGCUCCGAGAAGUUCCCCUUUUACCAUAGGAUCGUGUCUUACAUUUUAGCCUCACUCUCGAAAAACAUCAAACAAAACAGAAACCCGAGUCUGAAAUACCGGACAAAAUACUGGAUUGAACAAGACAGGAUUAAAAAAAGUAAAAUAAAACUAUGAUUCGUUUAUUAGUUCGACAAGCCAAGAAGAAUCCCGGUCUCAUCCCUCUGUUCUUCUUCAUUGGCCUAGGGAUGGGUGGGGCCUCCCUCUACCUGCUCCGCCUUGCCAUCUUCCACCCCCACGUCAGCUGGAACAGGAAGAACAACCCAGAGCCCUGGAACAAGCUCAGCCCUUCCUACCAGUACAAGUUCAUGGCCGUCACCACAGACUACAAAAACCUGAAGAAGGACGGGCCUGAAUUCUGAAGGUUUCCACGGCAACUCACGAGGGCCUUCCCGGUCACCAUGGCACCUCUGUCACUUAGCCUUCACAUGAAGAGAAGCUCCCAGCUUCUCUAUGCCUUAAUCUAAUGCAAAGUGUCCAGCCCCGAGUAGCAUAGAGCCCAAAUAACAUUAACAUUGUAGAGUCUAAUAAUAGUAAUACUAAUGCCAGCGUGGUCUGAGAAGUCCUGAGCUUCGCACCGAAGGAAGCACCAGUGACUGCUGUAGAAUCAGGUGCUCCAUGAGUACCCCAGGGUACAAUGUUAAACUUGUAAAGCAAAGUGGGUUUAUGGGCACAUAGCAAAUGUUUUCUCCAGUGUCACAAAUCCAUUGCCUGAUUUUUUCAUCUGUAAUGAUUAACUGGCAAAAGACAAAGUAUAAACAAAGAAAUCAAGGAAAAUCAAGGUAGUUUGUUUGGGAUUUUGGCUUUCUCUAAAAAGACUCUAAAUGGACCAUAAGUAGAACCCACAACGGUGCCUUGGGAUUUGUUUUUCUAGACCAGGCUCAGAACUUCCCAAACCCUCUUCAUAGUAUUAAAGAGAGUGUAAAUGCUUUAAUAAAUUUUUUAUUUGCAAGA